AUGGCAGGUGGCAAGCAGGCAGACCGCACUCACAUGUGGCGUGGAGUAGAAGUCUUGCGAGGUUUCUUUACAGACACAGCUGGGCUCUACGACGAGAUCGUUUCUGGCUUCACGGCAUGGAAGCAGGGUGCAUCGGAAACAAAGGAUUUCCGGACAGCUUCCUACUUCCUUCGCUACGACCGAGAAGGCAAAAUGAAGAUGAUGACCAUGAAAUCAGCUUCGUACCAGCCCUCAGUGGUCCCCAGACUGGACCUACUGGUGCAAAAGAUCCACCAAAAGGUCGGGAUUCAAGAUCCUGAUCAUGGCGCAGGCAUGUAUUGGUUUUCGGAUGGCGAUGCGAGUGUUGGGAGCCACCGGCAUGUUUUCUGGAGUGCGCGAGUUGCUCUCGGGGCUGAGCGAAUUAUGAUGGUGGACAAGGUCCCUAUACUUAUGCAGGAAGGAGACCUGAUCGUUAUUGGUCCCCAGCGUCAUGGGGUUCCUACAAUGCCGGACAUCAGCGAAGGAAGCCUUCGCAUUUCAGUUCCUUUCACGCCGCAGAAGCGCGACAGCAAACGCAUGCAUCAAGCCCCGUCAGCACGGACCGAAGAUGCAGAAGGUGAGGAGGACGAGGAGCGGUGGUAUCCCGUGGAGGGAGAUGCUGACUGGGAAGAUGGCGAAGAUGCAAACCCAGAGGACGGGGGCGAUGGGGGCUUGCAGAUUCUCAUGGACAUGGGCUUUGAUGCUGAUGCAUCUCGCAGUGCUCUUGAGCUCUGUGGAGAUGUGGAGCAAGCCAUCGAAGCACUGACCGGUGGAUUUGCCGAGCUGCUGGGAAAUUCACGUGCGGAGGAUGUUGACGAUGAAGCUUAUGCAGACAUGGAUGCGGGCGAUGCGGUUCUUGCGCGGAAGCUUCAGAUGGAGGAGCUUCAGCGAGAAAGUCCCGAUCAGCUUCAACAGCAGUUCGACGAGUACCAAAAGCUGCUCGAUGUGGACGAUGCAGAAAAAGCAUGGGACGGAUAUGGUGAUUUGAUGCACAACUCGUUCCGUAGAGCCAAUCUAAAUUUGGACAUGCUUGGUGCCCAAACCAUAUACUCUUUGGGCGUCGCAGCUCAAACAGAGAAGCAGUUCUUCGAGCUUUUAUCAUUACAUUCUAUUCGAGUUGUGUAUGAUUUUCGGCCCACGGACUACCGUGACGAGGUUCGAUGCCAGCAGCCACAUUUUGAGAUCCGAGUUUUGAAAUCCAACUGCCGCCAGCGUGGCAUUCACUAUCGUCACGUUGCGGUAGGGCGGGAGACAGCAUGGGGUACACUGAAGCACUUGCAGAGUGAUGAGGUUCAGCACAUUCUCGUGGAAUUGGUGUGGCGAGCCAAGCACCAUGGUCGAACCGCUUUUCUGGGUCAAGAAGAAGAUUGGCGUGCCGACGGCCGCUUGGCCGUUGCCGAAGAGCUUGAGAAGCAUGGUCACGCGGUGCAGCACGUCAGAUCAGAAGGGUCUCUGGAGAGGCAUCCAGUUGGUGUUGAGAUACCAGACUUCCUUCUCCAGGAGGAAGCUCGACUAAGAAAAGUGCAUGCGCAACGGAAGGCGGGAGAACUCCACAGGCCAGAGAAGUCUGCGGUGAACCGCAGCUUGGAGUCUGUGGCUCGGUCCUUGGCGACGGAGAAGACCCAGGUGGAUGUCGGCGCAGAGCUUCGGGAUGCCGAGAACCAAACGGAUCUGGUGCGAGCGCAGAAGCGCAUGGUACGCUUGCAGAUGUCCGAGAGCAAGAAGGAGGCCGGACUGAGCAAGAAAGAGCUUGUGGCCGUGCCAAUGCACAUCGCCAGAGAGGCGGCAAGCAUCAGGGAGAAAGUGGAGGCGAAGCAGAAGGAAAAGCUGCAGAGCAAGGCCACGGAAAGCGUGCGGAGUGCGGAUGCGGGAGCGAUUGGCUCGCAGGACCCUGCGGAGUUGCCAGCUCCAAGCGCCGAGACGGCCGCCGCUUCCGCUUCCGCUGCGGAGCCGGAGCCGGGGGAGGUCUCGGCAAGUCGCCGAAGCCGAUGGAGCUCGGCCCAGCCCACCCAGCCGGAGCCCUCCUCGAGGAGCCGUUGGGACAGGAGGGAGAGAAGAGAUGCCGGCAAGGAGAUGUAG